GGGCUACGACCGGAAAGCCCGAGUGAAGAGGAGGGAGAGAGAAAGUGGAGGGCAUAGGGCUAUACGAAACCGAAAAGAUCCCAUUACCAAUCCGACUGCGGACGAAGAAGGCGAACGCUUCCGCUGAACAAAGGGCCAGAAACCCAAGGCUUUAUAGACAUCUGCUAGACAAUGUCCGAAGAAGAGCUCAGCUCGGGGUUUAGGUUCAAGAAGAAACUCAAGCUUGCGGCUGGUAAAUCUAAGAGUUCCAAGAGCGGUGUACAUGGAAGGAAGAACUUCGAUAGGAGCACAAGAGAUAGCGACACAAUUGCAAGAAUUGCGAGUGUUGAAAAGGCUGCCCGGAAGGGAAAACAGAGGACUCCAAGUGCUAAUGUUAAAAGACAGCGAAUAUAUGGUGCCCAAAAUAGUGAUAUGAAGGUCACCUCAUUCAAGUCUCAUUCGCGAAGAGGACACGGUGCUGGAGUAGCCGGGAAGAGCAGUGACGCAUAUGCUUCUUCACUUUUGGCUUCUAAGAGUUUAAGCCAUUCUAGUUCACAUGGUAAACGCUCUAUUAAAAAGCAAGAAAAUGAUAUCAGAAGUCCGAAAGUGUCAUAUGAAAGAAGGAAAACUAGGGGGGAAAAAGAUCUCUAUGUGGAAUCCGUAAGGAAGACACAUUCCAAAAACACCAAGGAUUUGAGCAACACAAUGGAUUCUACUGUGAAAAAAUCAUGGGGUAUAACUCCUUCAGAUCCUACCAAGAAAAGAGUUUUCAGGACAACAAGUGCAAAUGGUGAUCCAGAGAUACGAACUGAUAAGUCAAAAAAGAGGAAACGGGUAAUUCGUAUAGAUCCAUACGAUGUCUCGAAUAAGCGGCUGGAUGAUGGGAUACUAACUGAUGAAAAUGCCAGGCAGGAGAAAGCAAAACCAGAGGAAAAAAAUGAGAUAUCAAGCAAUGCUCAGUUCCGUGCAAUACAGCCUAGUAAAUCUAUCAUUUCGUUCGUAGAAGAUAAUUUGUUGGGGCGUAGGCGCAUGAUUGAGCUUAGAAGAGCAGGCUACAACACUGAUCUCUCUGCCCCAUUGGAUAAUAUCCCCUUUUCUAGCAGUGCUGAGAGAGAAAGAGUUGAAGAAAAUGUAUUCAGGAAUAAGUUAACCUUCUUUGCUGCUGCAAAAGUUUCAUCAUCUUUUCCGACUCCGGAUUUGCCAGAAAUCGCAUUUGCUGGAAGAUCAAAUGUGGGAAAGUCAUCACUGCUUAAUGCCCUUACAAGACAAUGGGGUGUUGCACGGAUGUCUGACAAACCUGGUCUUACUCAGACCAUUAAUUUUUUUAAUCUGGGAUCAAAGAUGUCUUUGGUUGAUUUACCUGGAUAUGGCUUUGCUUAUGCAAAAGAAGAAGUUAAGGAUGCUUGGGAGGAAUUGGUGAAAGAGUACGUCGCAACGAGAGUUGGUCUGAAACAGGUAUGCUUACUUAUUGAUACGAAAUGGGGGAUGAAGCCAAGGGAUCAAGAGCUCAUUGAUUUGAUGGAAAGAUCUCAAACUAAAUACCAAAUUGUAUUGACAAAGACUGAUACGGUCUUCCCAAUGGAUGUAGCACGUAGAGCAAUGCAAAUUGAAGAGAGAUUCCAGGCAAAUAAGUCAAUUGUCCAACCUCUGAUGAUGGUAAGUUCAAAAUCAGGAGCUGGUAUCCGAAGUUUAAGAACAGCUCUGGCGAAAAUCGCUCGGUUUGCUAAAGUCUAGGUGAGAGUCAACUUGGAAACACAAUGAAGUCCCUGUCUCAAGUUCCUCAAAGCUGAAGCAAGUGCUGCAACUUGGCUCAACAGUUUUUUCAUGAACGUGCACAAACCGAGCACGAAAGAAACAUAAGUCAUUGUCCUUUUUGGUUGCAAUUCAAAGAUGUGAAGCGAAUCCGGGAAUUGCGCUAAAAAAAGGGUCAAUCUUGUUGCUUUAAGGCGUGCCUUCCUCUUUGGAAUAUUACGAAACUGGCUUACGGUGUUUCCCUAUUUGUCCUUCCUUUGGCCCUGUAUGCGGUGGCCUUACACUACUGCCCCAUCUUAUUCGUAGUAGAAGAAAUGGGCCUGACUUAGAUAAUUUCAACUGAACAUUAUGAUUUACAUGUUUCGUCCUUUAUUAUUAAACCUUUCCUAGAGGGUCUUUGCUUGGUUGGUUUUACCUCCCUGCAUUCGCCCUGAUUCCUGCU